GCCCUCGCCGUUUGGCUUAGUCUAGUAAAACAACCCUCCCACGCCCCGUUCUCGAGGUCAGUCCCGGCCACCAAGCCAUCACCUACCCGCAUCGCGGCACGAAAGAAACGAGCACGGCCACGCAGUAUGUCUCUAUCCACCGCGCAAACAGCUGUCUCAACCCCCAAGAAAUCCACCGAGGCGCCGGUCACUGAGAGCCCGGGGACUUGGCGCCAUCCGCGACUCCCAGAGAUCAUCCGCCGACAAGAGGCCACCAACUUUGGCGAGAAGAAUAUCCGGCGUAUUGCUAUCAACGUUGCCGUGUUCGUCGGAACUAUCGUGGCACACGCUCUGCUCACGCGCCUAUUGCCGCCUAAGAAAGCGUUCCCGUACCUUGUGUGGUACUAUUCGCGAUGCGCGUACUGGGUAGUGCUCUCGAUACCUCUCCUUAACAUAGCCGUCAAUUGCCUCCCCCUCGUGAGGCCGAAGGACGAUCUCUCCGACAUUCCCCUGACCCCCGGCCAGCGGCGACUGCUGGGCCUGCCGCCAUCGUCCGCGCCUCCUACGCCGGGCUCCGCCUUCAGCACGCCGCCGCGUUACUCCCGAACCCCCUCAAUCUCCGGGUCGGCAGGUAGCAGGCGCAGCUUCUCGACCUCGCCGCUCUCGAACCGCAGCAUCUCGUCCAACUUCGGCAGCUCCGGCACGCUAACCGGAAACGGGAGCCUGAACGCGAGCUAUCUCGGCCUCGGAUCGCCGGGGAGCCCGCUGCUGCAGAAGGCGAUGAACGGCGCGCGACGUUCCUCCUUCAGCAACUCGCUCGCGUCGAGCACCGCGAGCGCGAGCAUCAUGAACGCGAGCACCAGCUCCUCGUUCUGGGGCGGCGUCCCGGACAGCCCCAGCCCCAGCCCGUCGAAGAGGAUCAAUACCCUAGGCUUGAACAACAAGUGGUUGUACGAGAGAGGGCGGGACCGCAGGAGCUCGGCCAACGCCUGGUUGCAAAACUAGGCACGGGAGCGCCGAUAAUGAAAUGACGAUACACACUCCCAUUGUCGGGGCGUUCGCGGCCGGCAGCUUGCAGAAAGCCCUCAGCAUCAAUAGCGACGUGGUUCAUGUUACAUAUAGUACUCAGCAGGCUAGGCGUUUUGGUCUCCCAA